AUGAGGGUCUUCGAUAGGGAUCUCCGUCGUUUAAAAACCAUCAGAACUGAGAAAUACUACAACAGGAUUUAUAAAUACAACGACAAUCAACUCGUGUGUGGUGGUCACGAUAUUAGAGACAUAACUCAAGAAGAGAGACACAAGAAAUACAAAAGUAAAUGGAGAAACAACAAGGAUUACUAUAUUUGCGAUGACCCCAGCAUCUUUGACCCUUAUUAUGUGGAUGUGGUUGAUAUCAAAGAUGGGAAAUGUAAAGAUGAAGUGCGUCGUGAGAAGAUGAGGAGAUUGGGAAGGUUGGAGGGAGAUGAAGGGGUGGUGGAUGGUGUGGGAGUCACAUCUUUUGGUGAUGUUGUUGUUUUGGGGAAGCAGAUAAAGAAGGAGUUUGGAAUUUGGGGAGUUUAUUGUUUUGUGGAAUGGUUCAGGGAAAAGUCUUUGAAAGGUAGCUUGACGUCACACAAACGUCUUCAUAAAGGAGAGAAGACUUAUCACUGUAAUGUCUGUGGUACAUCAUUCUCUGACCAAAGUAUUUUAACUACUCACAUACGUGUUCAUACAGGGGAGAAGCCAUAUCACUGCAACAUCUGUGGCAAGUCUUUCUCUAAAAGUAUUACCUUAACUAAACACAAAUGUAUUCAUACAGGGCAGAAACCAUUUGACUGUGACAUCUGUGGUAAAUCAUUCUCUCGAAAUUAUAACUUGACUGUACACAAACGAUCUCCAGGUUUCCGAGACAAACAACCAGUGCAGAUUUUUCGUUUGGUUAUUACUGAAAACAACCUGAUUGCAAUAUACGACAGGAAAAAUAAAACACAUUAA